GGGGGUGGAGGGCAGGGAGGAGGGGGCGGAGUCCGGCUGUAGGCCGGGACGGUGCCCAGAACAGUGUGUCCCCCUCCCCCUGCAUGCAGGCUGUGCUUCUGGCCCAGCCAUGUGCUGCUGUAUUUUAGCGCCCCAGCCGGCUCCCUCCUGCCCUGGCGGGCCCUUUUUCUACCUCCAGCACCCAGGGUAGCCCCAGAGCCCCUUCUUCGCUCUUAGUGCCUGAGUGUCCAGCCCAGGCUGCUCAGCCUGCAUUAAAACCCUUCUGCCUGACUCUGGCCAUUCUAUUCCUGGUGGAAUCCCCUCACCCCUACUGCCUGAUUGACUUCCUGGAGAACCUCUCAUUCACUCAGCAAAUUGUGCUAGGUCCUGUUCUAGACUCUAGGAUAGUGGUGGACUGGAUAGUCAGACCUGCUUGUAUUUUGUUGGGGAGGUAGACAGAAGAUAAAGUACACAAACAUAACCACUCUAGUUUCCUCCUGGUAGCAACUGCUAGAAGAAUAUAAUGUGGGAUAAUUUGAUAGAGGGUGUCAGGAAAGCGCUCUACCCCGCCGCCCCAGAUAGUGACUUCAGAGCUGAGAUCUAAAUACAGCAUUCCUACUGGGGAGCACUGGGGGGAAGAGGGAACCACAGAGAGGGCACAGUCAGUGUGGAGUGGAGCAGGUGGAUGUGAGGUCUGGGAGAGAUGGGCAAGGCCCAGGUGCUGGGCUGCUGGGAGAGAAGGGGUCACAUUUCCUGGAGAAGUUAAUAGAAAUUCUCUCCUACCCUACCCUACUAUACUCACUUAUUUCCCCCACUCUUUCUUUUUAUAUCAUUUCAUCUGUGAAUAUUUCAGUUAUCAACUGUGAUACUAUCAUCACACUUAAAAAUAUUAACAGUAAUUCCUUACUAUCAUGUAAUAAUAUUCAGUUGGUGAUCACAUUUCAGGGGAGAGUUUUAAGUGGGCAAGAACAUGGCCUGAUCUGCCUCUUCCCACCAGUUAAGGCCUGGGUUCCAGGAAGGCUGGAGACCCCCUGAUUCCUUAGGCUCACAGUAGAGGAACAGAAACAAUAUGUGUUCACCUAUUUGGAGGUUAAUCCAGUGACCGGUACUGACUCACACUUGCGUGUGGCACCCCCGUUGUAAGUGUUCAGUUGUGUUAGCUCACUGAACUCUUUCAGCAACCCGGGAAGUAGGCAUCACUGGCAGCCUCCCUACCCAACAGACCAAGACACAGACACAGAUAGGUUGUGCUACCUGGCUGAGUCUGCCCAGCUAAGUUGCAGAGGCAGGAGCAGCGCCUCCUGCUCAUAGGGUGGGUUAAAGGGGUGGUAGCAGGGCCUAGGGCCCAGUGUGGGCUCAUUGCCCUUCACAUUAUCUGGCACUUUCAUUUCUUCCUAGCACCUAAUUCGGUGACUAGUGUGUAUUUUGAAAUUCCCAGUUUUAAAUCCUCAGAUGAGUAUUUAAAAUCAAAGAGCCAAAUGUCCUCCUGGUGAAACUGCCCUGGGGCGCAGACUUGCCAAGAGCAUCUACCUUGCCUUAGUUUCCUGGAGCUCCAUGAAGCUUCCUGGAUUAGUGGGAAACUGAGAUCAUUGGAGCCUGGAACAGGUAGGGAAACAGAUUUGGGGAAUGCACAGCUGAUGAUGAUCCUAGCUGGCCCUGAGAGGUCUCUGUCCCUGGCCAGGCUUGUUGACUUGUUGACUAUUGGGUAGCGCUGUGUGCCAGGUCCAGGAGUAGUCCUCAAGACAGAGCAUAGGGGUGGGUGCAGAGUGAUGACAGGCAGCAGAGAAUCUCUGGCUUCAGAUAUAGAACGUUCUCUUUUACCAAACCUCACUGGUCACUGGGUGGGGACAAAGGUCCACAUAGGUGGCCCCAUUACAGCUGUACACUGUUGACUCUCCUUGGACACCAGACCUAGCAUGGCCUUCAGAGGAGGCAGAUGUCCCCUCUCUUCUCUGUUGAUAUUCUCUGAGCCCCUCCUGGACACCAGCUGCCACACCGGGAGCUGGGAACACCCUGGAGACGCAGCAGCCUAGCCUGCCCUCAUGGAGUUCAUGGUCUAGUGGGAAGACGGGAGUUAGCUGAGCCUUCCUGAGGUGCCGCCAACGGCACGGCCAGGCCAACAUGGUGGACCACUUGCUGCCAGUGGACGAGAACUUCUCGUCGCCGAAAUGCCCAGUUGGUUAUCUGGGUGACAGGCUGGCCAGAGGGCGGGCAUACCACAGGCUGCCCUCGCCCCUCUCAGAGGAUGACAGCGACGCCUCCAGCCUCUGCUCCUGCGCCAGCCCAGACUCACAAGCCGUCUGCUCCUGCUACAGUGGUGGGCCAGGUGCUGAGGGCCAGGACAGCAUCUUGGACUUCCUGCUAUCCCAGGCCACACUGGGCAGUGGUGGCAGUGGUGGCAUUGGGGCCAGCGGUGGUUCCAUGGCCUGGGGGGCCUGGCGGAGGGCACCGGCACCUGUGAAGGGGGAGCAUUUUUGCUUCCCCGAAUUUCCUGUGAGUGACCCUGAUGACGUCCCAAGGCCCUUCCAGCCCACCCUGGAGGAGAUUGAAGAGUUUCUGGAAGAGAACAUGGAGCUGGGAGUCAAGGAGGCCCCAGAAAGCAACAGCAAGGACGCGGAGGCCUGUGACCAGCUCUUAGCCGGGCCACACAGGAGCCACCUCCAUCCUGGGUCCGGUGGGAGAGAGCGCUGCACCCCGCCUCUGGGCAGUGCCGGUGUGGGCGGCAGCCAGAGCCCGGGUGGGGGGCCUGCAUCUGAUGGCCCUAUCCCCGUGCUGCUACAGAUCCAGCCUGUGCAGGUGAAGCAGGAGUCAGGCACGGAGCCCGCCUCCCCUGGGCAGGCCCCGGAAAGUGUCAAGGUGGCCCAGCUUCUGGUCAAUAUCCAGGGUCAGACCUUCGCACUUGUGCCCCAGGUGGUGCCCUCCUCCAAUGUGAACCUGUCAUCCAAGUUCGUGCGAAUUGCCCCUGUGCCCAUUGCUGCCAAGCCCAUUGGGUCGGGACCCCUGGGCCCUGGCCCCACUGGCCUACUCGUGGGCCAGAAGUUCCCCAAAAAUCCGGCAGCAGAACUCAUCAAAAUGCACAAAUGUACUUUCCCCGGCUGCAGCAAGAUGUACACCAAAAGCAGCCACCUCAAGGCCCACUUGCGCCGGCACACAGGCGAGAAGCCCUUUGCCUGCACCUGGCCGGGCUGCGGCUGGAGGAGGAGGGGACCUGCCACCUUCUGGGCUGUCCCAGAGAGCAGAUGGAAUCCUCAGCCCAGAGUGCAUCUCAGGAAGGCAGGUCUCAGCUCCAACACAGUAUCCUCUGGAGAUGGUAAGUUCCCCAUGGUAGGAGGUGUGCAAGCAAGUGGGAGUGGGAUUUGUGGAGGGGAUUCAGCUUUGCCACUGUAUGGGUCUUGGCACUGGUCUCCUUGCCCAGGACCUUCUUGCAGGGGUAGGCUGGUGUAUGCCUGGCAUAGCAAGGUCCCUUGAAGCUGACUGCGGAGCCAUUCCUGGCUGCAUCCACUCCUGGGCCUUCAGAGGCCUCCCCAGCUUCUCCCCAGCUUCCCCUGGAAUAGGGUCAGGCCUUUGUGAAGUUAGAGGUGACUGAGGCACAGGGAACUAAAGGUGCCUGCCUUUUGGGAGAGCUAUUUCUCUGAGAAUGCAAGAGUCUCUGGUUGGCCUUCAGGAAUCCUGAGCCCCUGGAGAUGCACACAAGAUGCACAUGUCCCUUGUAUAUGGAGGGAGCCCUCGCAGUAUUUGGGCAAGAAGACAGACUGGCUUUGGGGCAGCUUGGUCUGGAUGGGACAGCAGUGGUAGUGAUGAUGACAGUUAUGCGCCAUAUUUUCUGACCACUUACUCUAUGCUGGGCACUGCUUCAAGUUCUCAGAGCAGGAAUACCUUCCACAAAUCUCCACCCUUGCUUGUAUACUUCCUGCCACAAGGAACUCAUUACCUUAUGAGGCUAUUCUGGCCUUUUCAUGUGCUUUGGUAAACUUAGAUUCCUAUCCAAACUUCUCAUUCUGGCACAAUCUGCUUACCAACCUCCCUUCCACAAUGCAGGCUCCCACUCAGGCCCCUGCCCUCUGUGUGCCCUCUGUGUACCCUCUGUGCAUCCUCUGUGCAUCCUCUCUGUGCCCUCUAUCUCCAGCACUUUCCUCCUGAUGGCAGUGGUCUUGCAAUGGUCCCUGCUUUAUCUGCACAUGUCACAUUAGAUAAGCUCGUUGCGCCCUUACAACAGCUCUGUGAUGUGGAGGCACCAGUCUGUAUUUCCCAGGGAGCCCACAGGGAUGGAGCUCGUGGGCAUGGCUCUGGCUGUGCCCUCAGGUGGGUGCCUCGGUCCCACCUGACCCACCAGCAGUUUGGUGAACAUAUGUUCCCCACCUGGGAACUCAACGCCUGAGCUACACAGCUGGCUUUUCCCUUGUCCUCAAUCCCUUGCUCCUGGUACCAGAAUGGCUGGGUGUUCUCUGUCUCCCACAAGGCCAUUAGCUCUUUCAGGUGUCAUGCUUCUGGGCUAGGGGAAAAGAGCCAACAACAAUGGCAAUAACAGUAGCUCCUAGUGCAUGUUCUGAGUGUUCCAGAGUAACUCAUUUAAUGCUCCAAGCAAGUCCACGAGGUGGGCAUCCAGAUGCUGUUCCCAUCUCUAGAGGAGGAAUUUGAGGGACAGAACACUUAAGUAAGGUCUCCUCGGUCACACAGCUAGUGGGUAGCACAGUCUGGAGUUGAACCCAGGCUGUUUGCUCCCCAACCUCCUCCACCCAGACUCAGGACCUCUCUCUAGUCCCCUGGGCAAACCUUCUAUGGGAGGUGGCCUGCUCUAGUGGAGGGAAGAAGGAUUUCCAUCUGCAGCUGAGCUUCGGGCAGCCCCCUGAAUACUUGCCGGCCUUCUCAUAUGGGGAGCUUACCACACCCAAGGCUGCCUCUCUUUCCAGUGGCCCUGUGAGCAGUUUGCUCUUUAUCCUGCUGGGCUGGUUCUGGCCCUGGCACUGUGUCCUAUGGCCCUUUGUGAAUGAAUGGUGUCCUCCCCCUCCCCACAACCCAGAUCAUCAUUUGCCAGGUACCAGCCCCCACUUCCUUUUGCUUUUGCUCCUGAACCCAGUAUUCCUUUUCCCUCCUCUCUUGGGACAUGGUUUCUGGCUUCUUGAUGGGGCCCAAACCAGACUUUUCCUAUCGCGAUCUAACUGUCUGGGAAGUGGCUGUUUGUCUGCCUUCCUAGAAGUUUCCUUGCUAUGCUCUCGGGCACAGGCCCCCUUUGUUCACGGCAGCAGAACAUCCUGUUCCGGAAAGGCCAAGCCAUUCCAUCCAGAAAGAAUACCCUCCUUCCACAGCUAAUAUGAAUAUUAAUAACUUCUAGCAGCCCUCUGUGGCAGGUACUGUGGUCAUCCCCAGUGGACAUGGGAGGCCCAGAGAAGGGUAGUUGCGGGCCUGAGGCCCCAGAGCUGGAAUGUGGUGGGGAUAGGAUUCAGACCCAGUGGUACGCUGCUGGCCUCCUCUCUUAGCCCCUGUGUCACUGCUGCUACUGUUGAACGAGGCAUUUUCUAACUUCUUGCCUGCACUUGGCCAGAUUGUGCACCAUACCACUCCAUGGAGCACCAUUCCCGUUACAGUCCUUGAGACCUGGCUAUUGACAGUCGUGACUUACUGGCUGAUGGAAGGGGCGCUUUGCACAAAGGUGCAGUGUGUGCCAGUUGUGGGGCUGUCGUGAUGGGCUGCUUCCCUUUCCUGCACCUCGGCCACAUGAAUCGUGGUGCUGACCCAUGUGCCCCUAGACAUCAGCAGGGACCGGGCACUGCACUGAGCUCCUUGCAGAUAAUCAUUGAAUGAUUGCCAUGUGGUGAGCACUGUUCUAAACCCUCAAUGCCUUUUACAAUCCUCAGAGUCCUGUGAGGCAGAUCUGUUACUUCCCUGUCUCCAGGUGGGGAAACUGGGCCUCAGAGAGCUUGGUGACUUGCCCAGGCCCUGAUCAGUGGCGGAGCUCA